AUGUCCCUCAAGAUAAUCCACACAAAGGCCGAUGGCACCAAAGUUCCCCUCAAGGUAUCCAUCUGGGACGCAUUCAAAGGGGUUCCGGACCGCAAGCCUCGAAAGACUCCACCGAGAAAGUGUCCAUGCUGCGGGAAGGUUCACUGCGCUACGCCCAAACCAAGCACAAAGGAUGGGCCAAAAGCCAAGGACAGCGACAAGGCCAAAGCCAACAACGCCGGCAAGAAAGACGAUGAUGGCCUCACCGAUGAUGACCGCAUCAUUCUACGUAUGAAGGGAACCGAUCCGUCAGCAUCAUGGAAGGAUAUUAUGGCGGCAACAAGCACGUUCAAGCACCUCGGUGAAGUGAAGGCGCGCUUCCGAGACAUCAAGCACCAUCUGGACGAGCAGAGCAAGGACGUCAGCGACGGGAACAAGAAGAACGGCAAGACCACGGCAAAAGAGGAGAUUGCCAGAUUACGCAAGGAGGAAGGUUUGAGGAGGAAGGCGGAGAAAGAAGCUGCCAGGGAGGCCGAGAGCAAAGCCAAGAAGGAAGAAGAGGAGAAGGCCAAGGAAGAGGCAGCGAAGAAGGAGGACGACGAGAAGAAGUCAGCAAAGACGGGAAAGGCGAGGAAAGACCACGACAAGAAUAAGGGUGUUGCACUGGCGGCCAAGCACUUUGACAAGACCGGUAUACGCAUCACUCCGCGAGAAGCCCUCAAAUUAGCGGAGGGUAAGUAA